AUGGAAUCUGGGGACAAAGCAGCCAAUACAGCAGGCUCAUCUAAAAAGAAAGAAACAUUGGAAAAACUCAAGAAAUCACACAAGAGCAUGGCAGAAGCAGAUGAGGAAAUGCGGCAGGCUAUGGAGAAUCUUGCAGGAGAUGGGGGAGAAGCUGGACUUGAGCUUGAAGACGGCAAGCCCGUUGCCAUGAAGAGGGGUGUUCGAGAGAACAUGUUCAGAUACAUCUAA